UGAUAUACGGGCGUGGAUAAUUUUAUCGAUCACUUUUGAUUAGGUCUUUUUUACGAUGGCGAAGACUUCUUGUCCUGUUGACUUAUAUACAAAUGAACAUGGUUCUUUAGAUACAAUCCGUUCACCUGGUGACUGCAUUGAUAGUCCUCCUUCUUGUUCAUUGGAGAAUCACGAUGAUACUUACAUGAUAUCCAUGGAGACUGACACUACUGUAUCUGAUGACGACCUUUUUGACGGUACAUCCAUGAAAGGCGUCGACCUUUUGGGUGGCCAUUCCAAGAGCAAUAUAUCGGCAUAUCCCGACGGUGAUUCACCGUUAAACUCUAAAGAAUGCGGUUUCGGUGACCCUAUGGGCAAUCCCAGGUCUGCGUAUCAUUCCAAUCCUGAUUGCAGCUACAGUACCGUUAAUGGCGGUGUUCACGACGAAUGCGACGGUAUUUGUGAAGUAUCUACAUUGACACCAACAUCUGACAACGACAGUUUCUAUUUGGAUGACCUCGAUGAGAGCUCGGAUUACUCAGAUGACCUGGAACCUACUGACCAAGACUCCUUGGGCAUUACUCUUGAGGGCAUGACGGGUCUUUUAUCUCGUUACAUUGACUGUACACCUCAGUUGCAGACAACAUCUAUGCGCCUGCUGAUAUCCGGUGAAGCGAUCAACGAUUCUACUAUGAUUCCUUCACAGGUAAUUCGUUUUAACCGUAAUCAUUUUAUUCGUUACGGCGGUUUACGUGACCAUUUGGAGCGUAACCCCGUAUUCAAAUGCAUGCGCCAGGUAUCGGACUUUAAUGAUCGGCCAUCCGAUAUACCUACUGAGAGCAACCGGCCAAAGGUGUUGGUUGUUCUUGAUCUUGAUGAGACAUUAAUCCAUAUGCAUGACCGUCCUGCUGAGCAGCACGACUAUUUGGUGAACAUUGUUGAACACGAGGACAACGGUACGUUGCCUCACCAGCAGCAGACCAAUCCUGGUGUGAUUGGUUUUACCGUACAUCCUACUAUGCAGGUAUCACUUCGCCCUGGUGUUCUUGAAUUUUUCAGGUACCUCAAGUCAAACUCUUCGAGGUACACCGUAGCACUUUACACUGCUGGCACCCGUCAUUAUGCCAAUGCCAUACUUCACGCUAUUGACCCAGAUCGCGAGGUCAUCAAGAGCUCCGUGCGGUUCUACAGGGACAGUUGUGAGGUUCGUCCUACUCCAACAUCCUUAUUCAGCUUCCGUGCGAGUUCGUUAGGCAUUGGGAAUCAUCACCGUGAUGACGCAGUUCCUCAAUAUUACUUAAAGAAGGAUCUGUCUAUUUUUGGGUGGCCAUUGGAGCGUGUUGUGUUUUUUGACAACUCCUUAUUAUCAUUUUUGAAUAACCCUGACAACGGGGUUUGGAUUCGUCCAUGGCAGGGUGCUCAGCCCUUUGUCAACGACGGCCGUGCUGAUAUGCUAUGCAGUACUACUCCAAAUGUAGAUGAUUUAUCUAAGAUCACUGGUCAAGAUGGUUUAUAUGAAUUUGGCCAGAUUGUUCGUUUGCUUGAAGAGUGCUGGGCAUCGGAUGAUGUACGUGAUGUUCUGGCCAAGAAGUUUACUUUAAACGAAGUCGUUGCUUCUGUUUUAGGUACCGCUGGCAACAAAUCGGUAUUGGAAGCAUUGAUUAAAACGUGAGUUAUCGUUACAGUUCAUUUUAGGGCUACGCCUCUGAGGUCUUUAGGGUACCUUACACUUGAACUUUACUAAACAGUGGCACAUUCACUAGAAACCACGGUGACAAAACACUUAUUUAUAAUAGAACAUGAUAUUAUUU